UUAGUUGUCAAAAAAUCUUGUUCUCGCUUGGCUCGUCCUGUGUUUGUUGUAUCAAUUUGUAUGUCAAUUAUCAAUUAACCCUCGUUUAAUAAUGGCCUGUUGAUUAUUAAAAAGCAGUGCUCAGUGCUGAUACUAUCGAUGUGCACUUCGAAGUUUGUGUAAAUCAUGGCUGCUGGCGGCGAGGAUCUGUGGCGCGAGUGCGCGUCCUGGCUGACGAGAUGUGGCUUGCUACGUCCCGACCAUAAGGCGAACUGGGAAACGAGUUCAAUCCAUGACCUGGCGUACACCCUGCGAGAUGGCGUACUGCUGUGCAACCUGCUUAAUGUGCUGCAUCCAGGCUGCAUUGACAUGAAGGACGUGAACCAGCGGCCUCAGAUGGCACAGUUCCUGUGCAUGAGGAACAUCAAGGUGUUCCUCCGGACAUGUCACGAGGUGUUUGAGCUGCGGGAGACGGACCUGUUCGACCCGUCCAUGUUGUUCGAUCUGUCCAACUUCCAUCGAGUGCUGUGCACGCUGGCUAAGCUCAGCCAGUGCCCCAAGGCUCUAGCUAAGAAUAUCAAACCAUUCUCAGCGCUACGGACACAGUCGGAAGAGGACAUCUACAAAGAUCUGCAAUCUGUUAGCGCCAGUGCGACCAUGGCGCCUCCCCCCUACUCGAGCGUGAUAGAGGAGUGCCCCGGGCACCCGGCGGCGGCCGAGGUCCCCUGGGUGCAGUUCACGAUACCCUCCGCCACCUGCGAGGACCGCGUGGAGGAGAUUUACGAGGACCUCUGUUACGUCAAGUUUACAUCAGCGACGCCAGAGCUAGCGACAUCGUCACAUAGUUUAGAAAAGAGAGAUUACGUUAUACGAGAGCUGGUGGACACUGAGAACAACUAUGUGGAUGUUCUCAGCAAAAUUAUCAAAUACUUCCUGAGGCCACUGAUGCCGUACCUCAAACCUCAGGAUAUGCAAGUCAUAUUCUUCGGGAUUAAGGAACUGCACGAGACACACACGGGUUUACUAAGGCAGCUGAAGUUAGCGACAGAAGCGUGUGUGCCUGGCAACGGCGCGCCGCGGCUGGCGGACGUGUUCCUUGCGUGGCGCGAACGGUUACUGCUCUACGGAGACUAUUGCUCAAACCUCACCAACGCUCAGGAGACGCUCAAAAACUUAGAUGCCAGAGAUUCUACCUUCAGUAAACAAUUAGCGAAAUGUCAGAAGGAACACAGCGACGGUCGGAUACAGCUGCGCGACAUCCUGUCGGUGCCGAUGCAGAGGGUGCUCAAAUAUCAUCUGCUGCUCGACAAACUCGUGCAUGAGACGCAGCCCAAUCACGAGGAGUUUCGAGGAUUGGAGAGGGCGAAAGAGGCGAUGGUGGACGUAGCGCAGUACAUCAACGAGGUCAAGAGGGACAGCGAAGUACUUGCGUUGCUGGCUAAAGUACAGGAGAGUAUAAUAGACUGGGAGGGCGGCGCCCUAGGCGCGGGGGGCGCAGGCCUGGCGGCGUACGGGCGCCUGCUGCUGGACGGCGAGCUCAAGGUGAAGGCCCACGAGGACCAGAAGGUGCGCUCGCGGUACGUCUUCGUGUUCGACAAGCUCAUGCUGCUCUGCAAACCCGUCAAGCUCCUGUCGUCGCAGGACAACCAGUACUCGUACCGCGUGGGCGUGCGGCUGGCGGAGUACCGCGUGGAGGAGGGCUGCGGGCGGCGCGCGCUGCGGCCCGACGCGCGCUGGGCCUCGCACUUCUACCUCGUGCGCCGCACCAAGGACGCCACCUUCACGCUCUACGCGCGCACCGACGACGCCAAGCGCAAAUGGGUUAAGGCCAUUAGAGAUGCUAUCGACAACUUGGAGCCUCCAGGCUGUCGGAGUACGAACCACAAGUUCGUGCUACAUACAUUCGAGAAGCCCGCCACGUGUCACCAUUGUUCCAAGUUCCUCAAAGGAAGGAUAUUUCAGGGCUAUUUGUGCACAGUGUGCAAUGCGUGUGCGCACAAGGAGUGCAUCGCUCUAUCGGGGCGCUGCGGAGGGGGACUCGCACCCGCGCCCCCCCUACCCCCGCACCACCACGCGCCCGACCAGGCGCUGCACUACUACAUGUGGUACGUGGGCGAGAUGGGGCGCGAGACGGCGACGGCGCGGCUGGAGCGGCGCGUGGACGGCACGUUCCUGCUGCGGGUACGGCCGCACGCUGCGCACGCCGCGCACCACGCGCACCACGCGCCAAUGCACGCGCCCACUGACACCAACCUCGCGCUCUCGCUCAAGACAGACAACACAGUGAAGCACAUGCGUGUAUGCCGCAAGCCGAUAGACCAGGUGCAGCACUACUACCUGUCCGAGUCGCGGUUCUUCCGCAGCGUCGUCGAGCUCAUCACCUACUACGAGAAGACCAGUCUCUCUGAGAACUUUGAAGGUUUAAACUCAAAUCUCCGCUGGCCAUUCCGCCGCGUGGUGGCGACAGUGAUCCACGACUUCCGUCCACUGGAGAGCUCCCAGCUGGCGCUGCGGCCCGGGGCCAAGGUCCUCGUGCUCAGCAAGGAGGGCGACAGUCGCGGCUGGUGGAAGGGACGGACGCUCGAUAAGGGCGACAACCGCUCAGGUUACUUCCCGAAGGAGUGUGUCCGUGAGGAGCCCGAGUGUAUCGGCGCACUGGACUGAUGUCAGCUUUGCCUCGCCGAGCGCGAGCUGCACUUCUCGUCGCCCAGGGCCACGGACCUCCUGGACGACGCGGACACUGCCGACCUCGUGUAGUCGGUGUCACACACCCACACAGCGAGGUACACGGCCAUCAUAUAGUCCACGCGACGAACGAACAUUCUUACAUAUUUUUGAGGGUGUUUUAUUCUAUCUAAAUGUUCUAUGUCGGUGUUGUCGAAACGUGUAAAAACUCAGUAGGUGACGCCCUACCAGUGGACGGAAGGUGACAUUAGUCUUAGCGUAAUGAGUGUUUAUUAUGAAGCAGAAAACGAGAACGAGGCAGUUAUAUUUUCAUAUCGAUGUUAAACGGUUCGAUAAAUGGUAGAUAAUAAUAUUGUACGGAAUAGUAAUGGAUGUGUAUAACGGUGACGUAUACCACGAGUCUAGAGGACUGUGUAAAUAUAUAGAGGGAGUGUAUAAAUGUACAAUGAUGUAUGGGGUAAGCAAAGAUAUAGGUGGCCCGCCCCCCACAGGGGAGGGAAAGUUCGACUGCAGAAGUGCUAACUAGUAUAAUUAUAAAUGUGAACAAUACAAAUAUAAAACGAUGAAAAAGUAUCUUUACAUAUAUACGUCUUAAUAGUUUUAAAAGAGUUGAAUGUAUAGACAAAUAUUAAAUUGUUUCGGAAGAAUAAUCUUUGCUCUUCAAUGAUGUGUAGAUGAAUAUAGUCUGUGGUGCACAGUCUGUUAUUGUUUUUGAAAUGUUUCACGUUAUGUACGAGAUAUAAAAUAAUUUUGUGAGAAUUUAUUUAGAGAUAUUGGAUAAGGCAUCCGGUUUACACGACAAUUUAUUGUGUGAAAGAACACGUUUUGAUUUAGAGGCAGCUGGGGAAAUAAUGGAGCGAAAGAAUUAAAAUGUUUUGUGUUGCUAUAGGAAGGAAUAUAGAUGUGUUGACACUUUACAAAAUAAUUAAUCAUAGCAACGUGUUCUUCAAGUCAUUAUUGAAACUAUAAUAAUAUUUACCAAUGCACUUAUUACGUAGUUAUUCAAAAUUAAGUUUGGAGAAAUCUCUAGUCGUGUGGAUGGGGCUUUACGAAGCAAUCUCACUUCAGUGUUAAGAUAUGUGUUAUAUAUACAUGUGCAUAUAUGUAUGUUAUUAUGUGUAAAAUUAUCGGUGGUAAUACAAAUGAAAUAUAGACUUUAUUGACAAAUACUGCUGGAUCGAGUGAAAAUGGGUCUUUAAAGAUAUUAACAGUAUUGGAUGAACAUAUUGUUUAGGCAAUACUAAAUUGUCCAAAAUCUAAUUAGCACUUUUUGCGCAAAUAAAAUAACGGUUGCGCAAAUUGCGCUAAACCGAAUCGAAUAAAAAUCUGUUUUGAACCUCAGCAGCUAUAAUCAGCAGCUAUUCUUCAAAUAAAGUCAAUAAAUCUGAUCUUGAAAGGUAUAAACUAAGCAGCUCUCUUCAGAAUGGCAGUCGGCGAUGUUUCGAUGGUGCGUAUCGAUGCUUUAAUGUAGAUAUAUUCUAGUAGUGUGCCGCAGGCGCACUGUAUGGCGGAUCGAAUGUACGUUGGAAUGUGCAAACUAUCAUCUCUUUACAUCUUAUAAGACUAAGACGUACUAGGAAAUAGUAUUUUGUCAAUAAUAAAAUGAUAAAAUUCACUGACUGUUUGAUAAAUGCAAAUCGUCCGUUAGCGUAGUGAUAGUAGUAACGGUGUCAAAGUUUAUACUUAUUCGUAUCGAAACUAACUUUGAUUAUCUUUAAAUUAUUUUUUUUAAAGUUACAAUUUGACACUGUGUAGCCCAUUUUUCGUUAGACAAGUCUACUUUAGUAGAACUCUGAGUAUAGAAUCUCUUAAAUAAGCGCAUUACAGCGUACAUUCAGGAUUGUUGUUAUAAAUACUUCAUGUCAUUAUAUUUGUUAAGUCGUGGACUAUUCUGUCUUCACCUCUUUCGUGAUCUAUGCAAGAUAUUAAAAACUCCGUCGUGAUCAAAAUUAUUUAUGAUAAUGAAUAGUCAACCUUAUUGCAAGUGCUGUAAGAUUUAAAUCAAUAAAAAAGGAGACAAAGCGAUAAGUUAUAAAGAAUUCUCAUCUUUAUACUACCGGUAUAAGGUUGGCUUUUCAAUGUCACAUAAAUUCUCAAAGAAAUUGUAUCUUUUGGUCUUUAUAAUAAUGAUCUUGCGUAAAUCACAAUUCUUCUCGUCCCGUGCACUACCCACCAUGACGGAAAGUAAUGCUCAAACUGUGUAUUAACGAUUUCUAUUAUUUGUACUUUAAAGUGUUCAACAUAAGACUUAUAUUUGAUUAACUAUCACCUCAGUGCAGCCAUAAUUUUACGUGCAAUAUAGCGAAUUUUUAUCACUACUUUCAUUUAAAAAAAAAAUUAAGAAAAUAUUAUAUUUUAAAGUUCUUUUUAUUUAGCACUAGGCUCGCAAUUAAUAUGUCUCAUGAUUGCCGAGUGUGUGUAAAACCUUGAUGUUUAUUUGUUUUAAUCGCUUAUUCUUAUAUUAAAUACCUCAAUGUCGGCCAAGACUUCAUUUUUAUUCAAAGAUUGAGGUGGAGUGCCAAACUUUGUCUUUUAAACAACUUUUAUUGUACAUUGGCAUAACGCUUAGUAAUGAAAAUGUAGCUUAUUUCUUCCAUUAUAAGGCUCAAUUUGAAACGCAUUCUUAUAGCCUUCGCAGGUGAAUCAAUUAUUUAAGCCGACAUAUUGUUCACUAUGCAGUAAGUGUUGUCUCACUCAUACUUUGAAAGUAGCAAUGAUAAAGAGAGACACAAAAUCAAGUAUAUCAAAAAAUACAUGUUUUGCUUGGCUGUUUCUCUUAAACAAUCGUUAUGCCAAUUCGCUGCCAACGUACUAUACCUCAUUUUAGCCGUUCUGUCUACAUUCCAAUGCAUAGUAUUAUUUUUUCUCUAUUCUAAACAAUUGCACGAAUUUUCAGUUUAUAUUUAAUUUAAACCUUAUUACAAAUAUAUAACAUUCAUUUUUGUGUAAGAGAACACUGUUUUUGUAAUUGAAAUGCAAUAGUUUAUAUGUGUUUUUAGUUAUUAACUCUAGUUGCAAUAUUAUGGUCACACUUUAACGUAUGUAUUAUGAUUUUAUCUUCCUACUUUUAACGCGGUCGUAGCACAACGCUACGCCGUAGUAAGUCUUCGUAGCCUACCGUAGUAUUUAGUUACAUUUUCAAUUUGGAAAACUUUCAAUUAAUACCUUUAGUCACCUGUCAAUGUUCAAUCUACGAUGCUUCCAAAACAGUCAUCCACAUAUCACAAACAUAAUAAAUUAAAUUUUAAAUAAUUCGAGCUUCAUUUACUAAAAAGUCUAAAGGAAAAAAAAAUAGGAAUCUACAAUCUUAAAUGAAUAUUUAAUAAUAGAUGAAAGUAGCCCUCGUUGAAAUAUAGUUAUUGUUCUUGUUAUCUAAAUCUAAAUAUUUAAUUAAAAACUCAAAAGUUAUAUCCAUUUUAAACUUAAAAUAAAUAGUUCAUGAAAUCUUAAUGAAAAAAAAAAUGGUAAUGUUGAAUCUUAGCACUCAAAUUGACACUUUAUUCAUUCAUGACAAAACUUCGAUGGUACUCUCUUCCAAAUUUCACGAGAAAGUGAAAUACUUGUCAAAAUGUUUCCAUAUACUUGGUUACGACUAAUGUAAAUACAUUGUUAAUUUAUUUGUGUAAUUAUUGUUUAGUGUACCAGUAAGUUGACGUGCACAAUGAAUGUUAUCCUUCCACGUUUCUCUUAAGUAAUUUAAGUCUUACCGCCGUACUCAGAGUCCUUUAAUGGUUACUUAACCCAGUCCUUAGCAAUUGGUUUUGAUACGAACUCGUUGCUAAGAAAUAGUUUAAGUAAUCAUUAAAUGUCUCUGAGUGCGGUUGUUAGUACAUUAACUAAACAAUGUCGUAUAAACAUAUGUGGAGGUGGCAAUAUGUACCGUCUUGUUCUAUUUACAUACGUGCAGCAGACUCACUAUUUGAGCGUACCUUUAUUUAAGCUAUAUUCUACGUUAUUUAACGUUAACUUACUUUUGUAGGAUGACAAAGUAACUGAUUUAGAUCUAAACAUUAUUUCGUUAAGUAUUCCUUACUUAUUAUAUUCGUAAGUAAUGUAAAUAAACUUAUAUUUUCUCGUACACUGAGCCACUUCCAUCUCGUCAUAAUAAAUUAUAAAAGUAAAUGUAAAUUUUAAAUGGAUUUAAAUGUUACUUAUAAACACUAGUGCCACUGAAUAAAAUAUAAAUUUAAAAUGUGCUUCAAUAUAAUCUUUAUGAUAACCAAUGUUUAAACACUGCUUUAAUUAUUAUAUGUGAAGAAAAAAAUAUAUCUAUUGAUUAAAACAUAGUUUAUCUUGUCCAUGGCGACAGGGUGCCGUUGUUAUGUAAAAAUUAUAAAAUAUUAUAAAUGAUAUAAAAAAAUAUGAGACAUAGUAAAAAUAUGGUUGUUGUAAAGUAAUAGAUAUAUAUUUUUUCUAUUUAGUUGGCGAGCCCGGGGCGGGCGUGGCGAGCCACGGCCGCAGUGUGAUAGAUAGAUCAAUAUAGAAAAUAUUAUUUUGCAUUUUUAUUCAAAUGUACUGGGAGAUGGUAGCUAACGUGAACACCGAUUGCCGUGCGCACACGUUCAUUAAGAUAUUAGUGAUUAUAUAAUUCUGUGUAUGUAACAUACAAUAAUAUUGUAAGUAUAGUUAGCUCCCCCGCUCCCACUGAGUCGCUAAUUUUAUGAUUCGUGCCAAAAUAUGUUAAAUUAUGAGCAAGCAUGAAAUGAUCUCUGUAAUAUUACGCCGUAUAUAAACACUACAUACAAUAUCUACGUACGUUGUUAUCUGCACUAGAAUAUGUUCAUUUAUUACCAUUUACAUGUACGUUGUGUAUUUUAGUUUUAAGUUCACACAUCUUAUUGGGUGGUCCAACAUUUUGUGAGUGUUUUACUGAUGUUUUCUCAGUACAAAAGUUGAUUUUCUCAUGGUAGCUUUAUGGUCGCAAAUUGAACUUACUUUUAUUUAAUUCCUUUUUUGCAAUGUUCUAAAUCUUGGUAAGCGCACAGUGACUUUAUUUUUGUUUGCAGGACGUCUCAAUGUCAUACGUAAAUUAGCACAUUGGUAAUCCUUGCGCUACCUUCAUAUACAGAGCUUCAUAUGCAAUUAAAUGAGAAUAUUUGUAUGCAAAUAUAUUAGGAGAUAUUUUUGUUUUGUUUCAUUGGAAUGGAAUACUAAUGGAAAUGUUAAUGCAUGCAAGCACACGUGAUAAUAGAACGAAAUGCAAAUUCAUUAGAGAUUAUUAUUGUUGGAAGUUUUAUGUAAAGUAUGCAGGGAUUACCAUUGUAUUAAAAUUGAUAUAAAACGUAGUAUGUAAUAGCAAAUUUAUGUUAAAUGUCUGCAUGUAUGGAAAGUUGGUGCUAAGAUAUAGUAGUUGUGUUCAUUUGUCAUUACGUUCCCAGUGCUUGUGUGCGCCGCCGUUGCGUUAGUAAUAAAUGUAUUUUGAUAUUAUUUAUGUUCAUGUUUGUAAAUAUACAGAAACGGCAUAUCCAUUGUUCUGUAGUUAGGUAAGCCACUCCACAAAUAAAUACACCGUUGGAGAA